AUGAACCAAACGGUCUUACAUAGCACUAUAUUUUUCACUGCAUAUGGACCUCCAGGCCCACUCAACUACGCAGCUUUUUUCUUAACAUUUUUGCUUUUCUUCAUUACAAUAUUUGCCAACCUCAGUCUCAUGCUUGUAAUCUACUUAGAAUCAAGCUUACACAAGCCCAUGUACAUAUUUCUGUUCAACUUGGCGGUGAAUGGACUGAUUGGGAGUUUAUCCGUCUGUCCGAAGAUCAUGGACAAUCUUGUUAAUGACAUAAAGGGCAUCUCUCACGAAGGUUGUAUAUUGCAGGUGUUUUUCUGCAGUGUAUAUGCAGCGUGUGCUUACGUUAUUCUAGCAGUGAUGGCUUAUGACAGGUAUGUCUCCAUUUGCAAGCCAUUGCAAUAUCAUAGCAUUAUGACCCCUUCUAAAGUGAAGAUGUUGUUAGCCUUGGUAUAUUUUAUUCCCAUAACCAUGCUCACUUUUCAAAUGUUUAUCACUUCAAGGCUCCCUGUGUGCAGCUACAACAUCAAUAAGCUUUUUUGUGAUAACCUAGCAGUUGUUAAACUCUCCUGUGCUGAAAGUGCACUGAGUAACCUGUAUGGUAUAUGUCUCAUAGGAAGCCUAGUGGUUUUACCUUUUGUGUUAGUUGUGCUCUCAUAUGUAAAAAUAUUACUUGUUUGCUUGAAAGCCUCAAAGGAGUCACGAAAGAAGGCUUUUAAUACGUGUGCUCCCCACUUGAUCACUUUCAUCAACUUCUCUACAGCCAUACUUUUUUCUGUUAUUUACAACAGGCACAGCACAGCAACCAGAGAGGUUAAUGUAUUCAUAUCAGUGCAGUUCAUUCUGUUCCCACCACUGGUACACCCUAUCAUAUAUGGUAUUAGGACCAAGGAGAUCAGAACAUGUAUUGCAAAAAUUAUAAGAACAAGAAUCUUUCCGAACUCUCUUGAUUUUCCUCAUCUAAAAUCUGAACCUAAACUGGUACCAAUUAUGACUUUAGAUGGUACAGCAGCAGGGCAAGGGUUGCCGGUUUGAAUCCCAGGUCUAACAGGAACAUCUGACAGAAUGUGAGCUGCCAGAACUAAAUGUUUUUAUCAUCAACCUAAUCUUUUGUUUUUCCUUUGUAUUGCAU